CACAGCAUUUAAUUGUUGGCUUUCACUUCGCUAGUAGGAUUGUCAAGUUCACUUUCUCAUUUGGUAACUUGUUAUGUUUUUUUUUUUCCUCAAAUCCAACAAAUAAUUUUAUGAUCUUCAGUUUCUAAGCGGCAAUGGAGUAUUUCCCAAUUCUGUAAGUAUUUCGUCAAAUUUCAUUAAACAAAAGCUGCAAUGGUGAGGACUUACGUGAGAGAGAACGUACCGCUCUCGCGGUUCGGCGUCUUGGUGGCGCAGUUGGAGUCCAUUGGCGCUUCCGCGGUUCAGCAGGCGCCGGAGCCACUCCUCUGUUUCGAUCUCUUAUCGGAUCUCAUUUCCGCCAUUGAUGAAGAACCCAAGGAAUCUAUCUUGUUGUGGCAAAGGAAAUGUGAGGAUGCACUGCAAUCCUUGCUUACUCUCGGUGCUCGGAGGCCUGUUCGCCAUUUGGCGUCAGUGGCAAUGGCUAGGAUUAUAUCCAAGGGAGAUGGAAUUUCAAUAUACUCAAGAGUGAGCAGCCUUCAAGGAUUUCUCUCUGAUGGGAAGAGGAAUGAACCUCAAAAAGUUGCUGGUGUUGCACAGUGCUUAGGGGAAUUGUAUCGACAUUUUGGGAGAAAAAUUACUUCAGGAUUACUUGAAACAACUAUAAUUGCGACAAAACUUAUCAAAUUUCAUGAGGAAUUUGUCAGACAAGAGGCUCUACACAUGCUUCAGAGUGCACUUGAAGGCUCUGGUGGCAGUGCUGCAUCUUCAGCAUAUACUGAAUCAUUUCGUCUUAUCAUGCGAUUUGCUGUUGGGGAUAAAUCAUUUAUAGUUAGAAUAGCUGCUGCAAGAUGUUUGAAGGCAUUUGCUUCUAUUGGAGGACCAGGUUUAGGAGUGGGAGAACUUGAGAAUUCAGCCUCUUAUUGUGUUAAGGCCCUUGAAGAUUCUGUUCCAUCUGUUCGGGAUGCAUUUGCUGAAGCAUUGGGGUCUUUGCUUGCUCUUGGAAUGAAUCUUGAUGCACAGGUUCAACCAAGGGGAAAAGGUCCUAAUGUUCCAGCAAAAAAGCUAGAAGGUGGUUUGCAGAGGUACUUAACUUUGCCUUUCAGAAAAGCAAGUGGAUCUCGGUCAAUGGACAUGCGAGUUGGAAUUACUUUGUCGUGGGUGUUCUUUUUACAGACCAUUCGUCUAAAAUAUCUGCAUCCGGAUAGUGAGCUCCAGAACUUUGUUUUGCAAGUCAUGGACAUGCUUUGCCCGGAUGCUUCAGUUGAUUCCCAUGCUCUGGCAUGUGUUCUCUAUAUACUUCGUGUUGGUAUGACUGACCAAAUGACAGAACCUACUCAGAGGGAUUUUUUAGUUUUUCUUGGAAAACAGCUCCAAUUGCCAGAUGCUAGUCCUUCCAUGAAAAUUGCUGCUCUACGUACCUUGUCAUAUACACUGAAAACACUAGGAGAGGUUCCUUUUGAAUUUAAGGAGAUGCUUGACGAUACAGUUGUUGCAGCAGUAUCUCAUUCUUCACACCUUGUACGAAUUGAAGCUGCUUCAACAUUGCGUGCAUUAGCUGAGGUUGAUCCCACCUGUGUUGGCGGUUUGGUUUCUUAUGUAGUAACCAUGCUAAAUGCUUUAAGAGAAAAUCUUUCCUUCGAGAAGGGGAAUAAUCUGCAAUUAAAUCUGAAUUCCUUGCAUGGGCAAGCUACUGUAUUAGCAGCAUUUGUAUCCAUCUCCCCCAAAUUACCUCUUGGGUAUCCAGCUAGAUUACCCAUAACUGUGCUUGAAGUUUCAAAGAAAAUGCUGACAGAAUCUAGUCGAAACCCUGUGGCUUCCAUAGUUGAAAAAGAGGCCGGGUGGUAUCUUUUGUCAUCUCUUCUAGCUUCCAUGCCAAGAGAGGAGAUUGAAGACCAGGUGUUUGAUAUUCUUUCCUUGUGGACUGACCUUUUUAGGGGAAAUCCAGAGCAUGAAACAAAACAAAGUGAAGAUUUGAUAUCUAGGAUUCGCAUGUGGUCUGCUGCAGUUGAUGCACUUACAUCAUUUUUGAAAUGCUUCGUUUCUCCCAAUUCUGUCGAUAGUGGGAUUUUACUUCACCCAAUUCUCCUAUAUCUGAGUAGGGCCUUAUCAUAUAUAUCAGCAGUAUCAACCAAAGAGCUGCGUAACUUGAAGCCUGAAAUGGGCAUAUUUAUUAUUAGAACGUUAAUAGCAUAUCAGUCUCUUCCUGAUCCAAUGGCAUAUAAGAAUGACCAUCCACAGCUUAUUGAAUUGUGCACAACACCAUUUAGGGACGCUGUGGGGAUUGAGGAAAGUUCUUGCCUGAGGUCGCUGUUAGACAAAAGAGAUGCAUGGUUGGGUCCUUGGGUUCCUGGAAGGGAUUGGUUUGAAGAUGAACUUCGCGCUUUUCAAGGGGGGAAGGAUGGCCUUAUGCCUUGUGUGUGGGAAAAUGAGCUUUCUAGCUUUCCACUGCCUGAACCAAUCAAUAAGACCUUGGUGAACCAAAUGCUGCUCUGCUUCGGACUCAUGUUUGCUUCUCAGGAUAGUGGUGGAAUGUUGUCACUUCUUGGAAUUAUUGAGCAAUGUCUGAAAUCUGGAAAAAAGCAACCGUGGCAUGCUGCCAGUGUCACCAAUAUAUGUGUGGGGUUACUAGCAGGAUUCAAGGCUUUGAUUUUUCUACGGCCCCAGCCUCUAGGACAGGAUAUACUAAACUCUGCACAUUCUAUUUUUCAGAGUAUUCUGGUAGAGGGAGACAUAUGUGCUUCACAACGCAGAGCUUCCUCUGAAGGUUUUGGUUUCUUAGCUCGCCUUGGAAAUGAUGUCUUUACAGCAAGAAUGACUAGAUUGCUGCUUGGUGACUUAACUGGAGUAACUGAUUCAAACUAUGCUGGAUCAAUAAGCCUCGCUCUUGGCUGUAUUCAUCGAAGUGCAGGGGGCAUGGCACUAUCGACUUUAGUGCCCUCAACUGUGAGCUCAAUCUCUUUGCUAGCAAAGAGUUCAGUGGCUAGUUUACAGAUCUGGUCUUUGCAUGGACUUCUUUUAACUGUUGAAGCUGCUGGUUUAUCCUAUGUAUCUCAUGUCCAGGCAACACUUGGCCUCACGCUGGAUAUUCUUCUGUCUGAAGAGAAUGGGUGGGUUGCUCUUCAGCAAGGUGUUGGGCGCCUCAUAAAUGCUAUUGUUGCUGUUCUUGGUCCUGAACUUGCCCCGGGAAGCAUUUUCUUUUCCCGCUGUAAGUCUGUUAUUGCAGAAAUUAGCUCUGGGCUGGAAACAGCAACAAUGCUUGAGAAUGUUCGCUUUACUCAACAGCUUGUUCUUUUUGCACCACAAGCUGUGUCUGUUCACUCCCACGUGCAAACUCUUCUCCCAACCCUUUCCUCAAAACAGCCAACUUUAAGGCAUCUUGCUGUCUCCACUUUACGGCAUCUCAUUGAGAAGGAUCCGGUAUCCAUUGUUGAAGAGCAAAUAGAAGAUGAAUUGUUUCAUAUGCUGGAUGAAGAGACUGACUCUGAGAUUGGAGAUCUAGUGCGUAGCACAAUUAUGCGGUUACUCUAUGCAUCUUGUCCUUCUUGUCCGUCUCAUUGGAUAUCAAUAUGUCGUAACGUGGUUCUUGCCACAUCCACAAGGAGAAAUGCUGAAGGUAAUAAUGACGCAGACAGUGAUCCUUCAAAUGGUACCGAGGGUGGUACAAGUUUGAAUUUUGGACAUGAUGAUGAAAACAUGGUUUCUAGCUCUGGAGGCUUUUCAUCACAUGGAAACACUCCUAAAGCUUCUCACAUGCUCUUAAACCGAGAUAGACACCUUAGAUAUCGGACAAGAGUAUUUGCUGCUGAGUGUUUGAGUCACCUUCCUACAGCUGUUGGAACUAGCCCAGCUCAUUUUGAUCUCCAUUUGGCAAGGAAACAACCCGCCAGUGGACGGUCUUCUGGUGAUUGGCUUGUCCUCCAUAUACAAGAACUCAUAUCACUUGCAUAUCAGAUAAGCACGAUCCAGUUUGAGAGCAUGCAACCUAUAGGUGUGAGACUUCUAAGUACCAUUAUGGACAAGUUCGAAAAAACACCUGACCCUGAACUUCCAGGCCACCUUUUAUUGGAACAGUAUCAGGCACAACUGGUAUCUGCAAUCCGAACUGCAUUAGAUUCAUCUUCAGGCCCUAUCUUGUUGGAGGCAGGCUUGCAGUUGGCUACUAAGAUACUGACCAAUGGAAUAAUUAAGGGCGAUCAAGUUGCUGUUAAACGUAUUUUUACGUUGAUAUCACGCCCGCUAAAUGAAUUCAAUGAUCUUUACUUUCCUUCAUUUGCCGAAUGGGUCUCCUGCAAGAUCAAAAUAAGACUUCUAGCUGCUCAUGCAUCUCUUAAAUGUUACACCUAUACAUUUUUGAGGAAGCAUCAUAGUGUGGUUCCAGCAGAAUACCUUGCACUCUUACCACUGUUUUCAAAUAGUUCAAAUAUGCUUGGGAAGUACUGGAUAGGGAUUUUGCGUGAUUACAGUUAUACCUUCUUGAAUGUGCAUCUUAAAAAAAAGUGGAAUUCAUUUCUUAGUGGAAUCCAAUCAUCUCUGGUGUCAGCAAAACUUCAACCUUGUUUAGAAGAAUCUUGGCCUUUAAUUUUGCAAGCACUUGUGUUGGAUGCAGUUCCUGUGAGUCUUGAUGGGAAAGACCUGUCAAAAGGCACUGUUGAAAGUGUGUCAGGAAAUAGCUUACUUUCUGGAUAUAAUAUGGUUGAACUUGAAACUAGUGAAUAUCAAUUUCUCUGGGGAUUUUCCUUGCUUGUAUUAUUUCGUGGACAGCAUUCAACUGCCUGUAAGCUGAAAAUUCCAUUGGCUUAUUCUAAAGCUAACCAUGAGGUCAAUUCAGCCAUUGAAGAGUUGAACUCUCCGGGUAUAAACUUAUAUGAGAUUGUAUUGCCAGUAUUCCAAUUUCUCUCAACAAAAAGAUUUGCCAGUGCGGGAUUUCUUACUGUAGAUAUUUGCAGAGAACUAAUGCAGGUUUUCUCAUAUUCCAUGUACCUUGAUAAUUCGUGGGAUAGUCUGUCAAUUUCUGUUCUAUCACAGAUUGUGCUAAACUGCCCUGAGGAUUUCCUUGAAACGGAAAACUUUUCUUAUUUGGCAAUGGAACUUUGCAUGGCUUAUCUCUUUAAAGUGUCUCGGAGUAUUGAUGCAUUAUCCCUGGAUAAUUUAAACUUGGAAGAUUCAGUUUCUGCAUUAUUCGUGACAGCUGAAACACUAGUGAAGCAUUUUGGACCAAAGAAACAAUUAACCUCCGCAGCAGUGUCAUUUCUUUUAAUUGGUUACAAGUGGAUUAGUAAAGCUUCAACCAACUCGUGCUUUUCCAAAGUUAAUGAUUUUUUCAAGUGCACUAGCCUUUUAUUGAAGAAAUUUAUUGAUGAAUACAAAUCUGCUGAUAGUGAUUUUCCUGAUAUGAGAGUGAUAUUUGGAAUUUGUCUUAAUGCGAUAGCUAAUUUGUCAAAAGAUUGCAUUCAGAAAAUUCAUCUACUGGAAAAUAAAUCUGGUUUGCGAACACUAUGGCAGGCAAAGCUUGCUUUUUCUCUUGAACAAACUAUAUUAGUUGCCCAGUUAAUUGAUGAAAUAGGAUGUCCUGGAGAGCACAGUGAUGGUGACCAAGUGUACUUUCACAUGUUCAAAAUUUGCAUUGAGUGUAUCCAAAAUGUACUCAAUGAUUCAAAUAUACAGGUUCAGGCUAUUGGGUUGCAGGUGCUAAAAGGUGUGAUACAAAGGGGCACAAAUGCUGAUGACAAUGUUUUCCUAAUGUUCUUUGCUGGUGAACUUAUCGAAGAUAUAUUUAUGAUAAUCCAGAAGAGUCUGAAGCAUAAGCUUAUAACUAAAGAAUCAGCAGCUGUUGCUGGUGAGUGCUUGAGGCUUUUAGUGCUUCUUCAGGCAGUAUCAAAAGACAGUGAAUGUCAGAGAGGUUAUGUGAAACUCUUCUUAGAAGCCAUUGUCAUGAUUAUUAUGGCUUCAGAGAAUGGAUAUUCUCAGGAGUUCAAUGAUCUAAGAAGCACUGCUAUAAGGCUUGUUUCUCAGCUUGCACAAAUUCCUUCAUCUGCCGUUCACUUCAAAGAUGCCUUAUUGUCAAUGCCUCUAGCACAUCGGCAACAACUUCAGGAGGUCAUCCGUGCUUCUGUUACACAAGAUCAAAAUGCAACACAGUCAAAAGCCACACCCCAGUCCUUAGAGAUACGUUUGCCAGUGCCAACAGGGGAAAGUGGAGAGAAAAUCUCGCAAUGUUCAGCCCCUGUAAUUCUCGAUAAUAAGGAUAGCAUGGUAGAGAACAAAGAAGACGAGGAGGACGAAGAGGAUGAAGAUGAUUGGGAUGCUUUCCAGUCCUUCCCUGCCUCAGAAAAUGCAGCCGGGCCCGAUUCAAAAGUAGAAAGCAUUUCAAAAGAAUCCAUCCCAACUGAAACAGAGACUCAAACAACCGACACCGCAAAAGACAUCAGUGACACAGAACAAGAGGGUGUUGAAGAGGACGUAACAUCCGAUACCCAAGGUUACAACUUGCCACAAUAUGGAAGUAUAUUACCUGACGAAGAUGAGGUAGAAGAAGCAUUUGAUCUUAAAACAAAUAGCGAGCUUAUGGAGGCAAGUGAUUCUCAGCAUUAUGAGAGAGAAGAGGAAGCAGUCGCCAAUCAAGAGACGGGAGAUGAAGCCCAGUUGAAUGUAGUGGCCAAUCGAGAGAGGAGAGAUGAAGCCGAGUGGAGUGAAGCAUCCGAACAAAUUCCAUCAGAUCUUGGUCCUAAUGAAGACAAAGAAGGAUCCAUAGAAGUGAAUUUGGUGAAGGAUGAGCAGCUCAAAAAUGAGAAGUUGGGUAAUAAAAGUGAUGCAGUUGCAGCAUCAUCAGAUCCUCUUCCUUUUGAUGAGGAAGCAAAUGAAAAGCCGCAAACAGAAGCUGAUAGAGAUAAUACAAGCGAAGCAUCGGGUGAAGCUGAACUGCAGCCAGAGAGCAGGAACAAAUUAUAGUCAUCACAGGGGAAAGGUGAUGAUGCCUCAAAUAUCUGUGUCCUUUAUAAUGGCACUGGUGUGUGGAAUUCGGCCAGUUUCAGGUUUGUACUCUGUAUUACAAACCAUAUACUUUUGAUGCUUGAGAAAUAUUCUUUAAUUUAUUAUGUACUUAUAGUUUGCUUAAUGCAUACAUUUAGAGGUCUUAAGGUACACCUUUUUUAUUUCAUCAAUAUUUCGGUAGUUCUCUUGUAGCAUGUGCUGGUGAAUUAGUCUCUUGUAGCUUGUGCUGGUAAAUUAGUCAUUGCAAUGGAGUAUUAAUAUUUUUAUAGAUGUAUUUCAAAUAGAUAUUUUAAACUUUGGCAUGUUUGGUUUGUUGUAAAGGGUAUUGUAAUAGAAUCAAAUUACACAUUAGAAUAUUUAGUUAAAAGGAGAUGUAAUGGGAUUAUAAUGUAAUCAUGAUUACAUUACAUAAUGGAAUUCUCAGUUAUGUAAUGAGAAUUACAUCACAAAGAAUUAAAUGCAGUACGACUCUAAUA